GUGUAAAAGACAUCGAUAAGAACGAAAAAUUAUUUUAAAAAAUUAAAAUAAAAGAUAUUAGAUAGAAAUUUAUCUAAAAAAUUCGUAAAAAUUAAAGAAUUUCCUUUAAUUUAAUGUAAAAACUCGAAAUUUUCGCCGAUUUUCACACAAGAAAAUGUUUCACGAGAAUUCUUACAACCCAUCGCAGCAACAACACAACAUUAAUGACUACAUGCCGCCGUUCCAACAAACCAUCACACCAAUGCCGAAUCCGACGUCCUGGAACAUCAACGAUCUCAAUUGGAACUUCGAUGGAGUGCAAAGACCGAAUCAUAACAUUACGCAUUUCACGGCUUUCACAAAUACGAGUCCCACGACGACGACAUCUUCAGUUGGGAUGUGCGGAAAACGGAAAACGAUAGAACCGGAGCCCACAUAUCGACCCUCGAAACAGUUUAUUUCGGAACAAAAAAUGAUCGAACACAUGAGCAGCAUGCACUUAUCGUCGAAUUUUACGAAUCACAAUAUCAGUCCCGACAGUCCGUUUGACGACGAGAGUUUCAAAGUGUUUUUAUCUCCCGCGGAUUUGGAGGAAAAAUUAAAAAAUGCUCAGAGAAUAACAGUCUGCGAACAAAUAAAAAAUCUCACAAAAGAUGAUUCGCUCCUUCCAAAAGCUCUGCUGGAUCGUGCGAAUGCCUCUUCCGUCAGCACUCCUUAUUGCAGCGCACUUGUUUUGUGGCAACCGCCGGCACAAAUCCUCAAAUUGCGUGAAACUGUGACGUCAGACAAGAAAAUCAAAGAAGAGGAAGAAGAGAAAAAAUCACGAGAAGAGCCAUCAACAAGUAAUUUAAUGGAAAGUGAGGAACUUUUCAUGGACAAUAAUAAUUCGUCGUCAAUCGAUUUUAAUAACGUACCAUCUGAUAUCAACAUGAAUAAUAAUAAUAAUAAUAUCAACAAUGAAAUGGAAUUGGAUGAGGAUCUCUAAUAAUGCGAAGGGAUCGUUUUCUUGUUGUUCUGUGACUUUUUUUUUAGAUGUACAUUAAACAUAAUUAAUAAAAUUAACAAAAUAAAAUUUUUAAUUAA